AUGAGAGCUGCCAUCCGAUCUGGUAAAAGAGCCAGCCUCUCCUUGUUCCACUCAGGUACUCGGUUUCCGAGGGAAUUCUACGGCGAUAGGCGCGGAGGAGAUGAUGGCAGUUCGAGUGAUAGCUUCGGAACUUCGGAUCUCCGCGGCGACCACAAGAGUACACUCAUCGGCCCUACGCCAAAGGACGUCGAAGAGGAUGAAGAAAGAGGUGACCUCUCCGACGAUGAUUUUGUCCCUCGCUGGAAACGCGCCGAAGAAACCCGAUCUAAGGCAGAUCAGGUGUUCGAAGUUCUUCUACAAGAGGGACCGGGCUUCAGCGCCAGGUCGGAAUUAGAAAAGAUGCAUCUGCAGAUCUCGGCUGAUCUGGUGAGGGAAGUUCUGUUUCGGAUUUUGAAGUUUAUCGACGCCUCUAAUAAGCCCCGUUGUGCGAAGCUGGGCCUCAAGUUCUUCAUGUGGGCGGGUGACCAGAAGGACUACAAGCACACCUCCAAUGCAUACAAUCUCACCUUGAAGAUAUUUGCCAAAUGCGACGAAAUCAAGGCAAUGUGGAGGCUGCUAGAUGAAAUGACCCAGAGUGGAUUACCAACAACGGCUCUCACGUUUAACAUUCUCAUAUCCACCUGCGCUGAAGCAGGAAUGGCGAGGAAGCUGGUGGAGAGGUUUAUGAAGUCCAAAACGUUCAAUUACCGCCCUUUCAAGCAUUCCUUCAACGCAAUCCUUCAUUCUCUCAUCACCGUGGAUCAGUACAGGCUGAUUGAGUGGGUAUACCAGAAGAUGCUGGUUGACGGGCACUCUCCGGAUAUCUUAACCUAUAACGUGCUGAUGUGCGCAAAGUACAGGCUAGGCAAACUGGAUCAGUUCCACAGGCUUCUGGACGAGAUGAGUAAGAACGGGUUUGCUCCUGAUCUCCAUACGUAUAACAUCCUCCUCCAUGUUCUUGGAAAGGGGGACAAACCGCUCGCUGCUCUUAAGCUCUUGAACUACAUGAACGACGCCAAUUGCACUCCAAGUGUCCUCCAUUUUACAACUUUGAUUGACGGAUUAAGCCGCGCCGGAAAUCUGGACGCUUGCCAGUUCUUCUUCGACGAAAUGCUCAAGAGAGGCUGCGAACCCGAUGUGGUGUGCUACACGGUCAUGAUCUCUGGGUAUGUGGUGGCGGGUGAGCUCGAGAAAGCCCAGACAAUGUUCGACGAAAUGACAAACAGAGGCCAGCUUCCCAACGUGUUCACGUACAAUUCUAUGAUCCGGGGGCUUUGCCUGGCUGGGAAGUACGACAAGGCGUGUUGCAUGCUUAAGGAGGUGGAGAACAAGGGAUGCACUCCAACUUCUUCGGUGUACAGGGCGGUGAUAGCCAAGCUCCGGAGCGCCGGCAAAGAUUCCGAAGCUGACGAGAUAAUCACCCGCAUGGAGGAGAGGGGAUUCCAUCCCCAGCUUGCAUCCAGGUUCCGGGCGUAUCGCAGAUGCUAA